CACCUGCACAUUGAUUAUGACACCUCCCCAGGGCGACGUUUCGAAGGGCUCACCAUAAGGCUGGACUCGAAAUGGACAGUGGCCGAGAAGUAAAGACAGGCAGGUCGAGCUUCGAGAGCGCCCCGGCUGUUCACGCGAGACGACGCGGAAUACACCGCAGCCAUCUUGUUCGUCGUGCCAGCAUGACCAAACCGGAGAAUGCGACAUCCCCGCCGUCCAACACUAAGACCGCUGUACCCGGCUGCCAGGAACCCUCUCACACGUACUGCACGGGCAGCGAGCCGGAAUACUUCUACAGCAGUUUAGCGGACGCCUGCGUGCUCGCGUCUGAAAACCCCGUCCAGCUAUGCAACAGAGGCCGGAACAAGUUCUCCUCGUUGAAUCGAUGCGAGAUGCACUGCGUGCGUGCUGAGCAGCCUCAUCUCGACUGUCUAGAGAAGCCACAGUUCACCGCUUGCAAAAGUGAUGACAUGAAGUCAUCCCCGUGGUACUUUGACGGCAAGAGGUGCACUCCGUGGGAUUUCCCCACUGGACGAUGCCCGUCCAACGACAGCCUGGUGUUCACCACGGCCUCCGACUGCGCCACUCGCUGCUCGGACCCACGAUUCGUGGCUUGCUCGUUACCGCAGCCUGUGGACUGCGAGCACGAGCAGCAGCGUUUUCCGUACUUUGCGGUCCAUUCGCUGGAAGGCGUUCGUUGUUUGAGUGCGUCGGCGGCCGAACUCCGAGGCCACCUCUGUACGGACGGGCUCAACCGAUUCAGGACCGCGCAGGCGUGCGAAGACGCUUGCCGAAACACUACAACGUAG